AUGAGUUUAAAUUUCAGCAUAGCCAAUGUAGUAUAUGUAAAGAACCUUUCAACAGAUGUAUCAGAGAAGGAUAUAAAAGAAAAAUUUGAAUCAUGUGAUGAAAUAAUAAGUGUGGUUUUUAAGAACUUCCCCGGGAAAAACCAAAAGUACUGUCAAAUCGAGUUCAAGAGCUCAGAGGGCAUAACUAAAGCAUCACGAUUAAAUGGCGAACCAUUACUGAACGUUCCUAUGGUUGUAACUGUGAUAGAACCGAUUGCACAGAACCCAUGUUUUACCGAAGUUGUUAAUAGCAAUAAUAAUGAAAAUGAAAAAAAUUUAAGUAACAAUGUAAAUAUUAGAAACAGUUCUCGUAUUAAUAACAUUACUUUGCAGAAUAAUUUACAGAAUCAGAAUCUGCAAAAUAUUCUAAUACAUCAGCAAACUGUAUCGGAGAAUAAGAAAGGACUCGUAGAUUUUCAAAAUUCAUUAAAUGAAAAGAAUAACAAAUUGGAUGUAUUUUCUAAAAUUAUUUAUAUGGAAAAUGUACCUGAGAAUUACUGUGAAGAUGAUAUAAAAAACUUUUUCAAGAGUGUUGGAAACACCACUAGUUACAAGCUCCAGUACAAUGAACAGAAAAAAGUGCACACUGCAUUUGUAGAAUUUACAAGUGAAGAACAUGCAAAAGCCGCAUUAAAUUUAAAUGGAGUAAAAGUUGGAAUGAAUGAAAUAAUCAUAAGAGAUGCACUCAGUUUAAUUGUUGAAAAAGACCAUCUUAAAAACAAUUAUUCCUGUAAUAAUAGUAAUAAUACAAACACCACUAUAUCAACGAAAGGGGAGGUAGCAAUUGCUACUAUUGCAACAACUACAACUGGUGCAACUAUUGCUACUACUGCUGCUAGUGGUACGAUCCAGACCAAUAAUAUUGAAGGUACAAAUAAACAAUUUGUAGUUAACGAGAAAGUAGAAAAAGUUUUAGCUUUACGAGAUAAAUUGAGUCAAAAAUUAUGUGCAAUGUACAAUCCAAAUGCUGUUCUUGUCAAUAAUCUCGUAUCAGUUAAUCAGCAUUUGUUGAAUGCAUCUGCAGAAAGUGGUGUUGUUAAUAAUUCUACUAGUGCUACUUCUGCAAGUACAGGGAAAUUAAAAACAAUAGACGAAGGUGACAAAGAACCUUUAAAUAAUAGUGGAAAUUCUAAAACUGACGAAACAGAUGAGAAAGUAGAAAAGAAAAAGUCUAAUGGAAGUAAAAGGUGUGAUGAGAAUAAGAGGAAUGAUGAGAAUAAAAAGAGUGAUGAGAAUAAGAAGAGUGAUGAGAAUAAGAGGAAUGAUGAGAAUAAAAAGAGUGAUGAGAAUAAAAAGAGUGAGGAAAGUAAAACACACCACGAAACAGACGAGGAAGAUGCAGAAGAUGAAGAGAAUGAGGAGAGAAAAAAUAAAAACAAUGAAAAGAAAAAAAAAAAAUCCAAAAGUGAUAAAUAUAGGAGUGAAUCACGCUCCACUAAGAAGAAAAGUUCCUCACGAAGUAGCGAUUCUCGCUCUUCAGCGAGUCAUGGAAACAGAACUUCAAGUAGCAGAAGUGGAUACAGAAAACAUAGAAGCAAAACAUAUUCGAGACGUAAACAUAUCUAUAAAAAACAUAGUAGUAGUACGCGAAAAAGGAAGAGAUAUAAUAAUAGCUAUUCUAGGAGCUCAGAGCACACGAAAAGUAACAACUCGUUAAGUUCAUACGGAUCAGAAAAAAAGAAUAGACACUAUUAUCAUAAAGAAAAGAAAAUACAUAAACUGAUAAAAAAAGACCAAAGUACAUCUUCUUAUUCCAGUUAUAGCCAUUCAUCACAUUCUCCAAGACGAAGGUGUAGAAAAUCAAGCAGUAAUAAACCAUGGUGGAUCAAAGAGUCGGAGAAAAUGCAAAUGAGGCAAAGGAUGAAGGAGAGGCAAAGACGUGAAAUGGCUUAUAGGGAAAGAUACAGAAGGUAA